UGCGUCAUUGCGCCCUUAAUUACUAUGAUGUUUUCAUAAUUAAAGCAGGCAGAAGCGAACGAAAAAACAAGAAAGAAACUUCAGCUAAAGACAUGCAUGAUAUAUGAAUCAGCACGGAGUCAUAUCCCACCGUAGCGAAAUACAUAGUGGCAUGUGCGUAGCAAUGUUUAAUGGGAACUAAAAGAUAAGAGGUCAGCUUAGCUCCCAAAGUUCAACAAGAACAACAGGCCCUUCAGUUGCUGACGCGGAGCUGAGAUACCACAUUUAAUAUUUGUAGAGGGAAGCCGUAAUGCUAAUGCUGUACGAAAGGACCGAAAAUAUAUCACUGGUCCCAAGAUUGUUGAAUGAUUUUCAUCAACAUGACGAAGCUUUUCUCUAUUGCCCACUCAUCAUGUUUUGAGCAAAGCUAGAAAGCUGGCCCAAUCGACUCCAAGGUUUUCAGUGAAGACCAAGAGGAUUCACAACUGUGCUUUAAAGUUUACUUCAGCGACGCCAUAUUAAAGUGAUAAAAAGGAAAAUAUGCAUCUCUCUACUGCAGUGGUCUAUCUUCUGGCACCCACGUUCGGCCAGCUAAUUCCGCACAGUCUAUCUCUUGCCCCGAAUAAAGAGAGAGACAAGAACUACACUGUUUGCGAGACUGAAGUAUGCCAGGAGAGAGCAAAACUGCUCAAUGCAAGCAUCAACGAAAGUAUGGAUCCUUGCGAAGAUUUCUUUGGCUUUGUGUGUGACGGCUGGAACAGAGAUCACCCUAUUCCAGACGUCGAUUCAUCGUUUGGAACGUUUGAACUAGCGGAGCAAAACGUGCGCAAUGAACUAAAAGAAAUAAUUGAAAACAUAACUGACAUCACUGAACCACACAAUGUGAGAAAGAUGGCUGCCACUAUGUACAAGGCAUGCAUGUGUGAAGAAUUCACAGAAGAUCAGCUCCUACAGAUGGUCAAGGACGUUCUUUCUCGUAGCGGAUUUCCUACAUGGCCGAUACUGAGACCAUCAGAACUUCCUUAUAGAAACUACACGGAGUUUCUCAUGAGGACAUCUUUAUCGCCAUUCUUUUUCAUUAAUGUCGCUCAAGACCUUAACGAUACAACGCGCAACGUCAUUGAGUUGGAUGAGAUACCAUUACCUGUUUUGGGCAAACAACAACUGCUUAAUCCUAAUGCGACAGAUUACAAUCGACGGAUUGUACAGGCAUACAAAGAUCUCAUUGCCACAGCUGUAAAGGUACUACAGCCGAAUGUAACUGUGUAUGAUGCUGACAUGGUUGCUGAAAAAAUUUUCGUAUUUGAGGCAUGGCUUGCUUCGAUGACAGGGCAUCCGGACGACAAGCGAGACCUUAAGGACAUUUACGAAACGUUCACUAUUGGAGAACUGGAAAACAAAGUGCCUAACAUUCCACUACUACAUGGCUUGAACAAAAUGUUCUCGGUGGCGAACAUCACAUUAAACGAGACAGAGCAAGUCGCUAUGUUUGGGAUGCCUUACUUCAAGAAGGUCAACGAUUUUGUUGAGUGCAUAUAUGACCUGACAGACAUGUACAAUCUUGCUGGGUGGAGACGCACUUUCCAGCUGCUUUUGCAUACGUCGAAGCAAUUCGCAAAAGCUUGGCAAGCGUAUCUACAAGUUACGUAUGGUGUCCAAAAAGCGAAGCCGCAUUGGCAGUAUUGCCUUGAAAAUGUCGUCGACACGAUGCCUUUCGUGAUUGGUGGAAUGUACAUCGAGAAAAACUUCAACGUCACAGCCAAAAAUGACGUCGAAACGAUGAUUGAAAGAAUAAAGAAGACCUUCAAUGACUCGCUUUCAACAAGACCCUGGAUGGACAACAGCACAAAAGAAACAGCACUGCAGAAGCUGAUAAAAAUGACUAACAAAAUCGGAUUUCCCCCAUGGAUUCUAAAUGAAACCGUUAUGGAACAUCAAUUUCGAUACGUUCCUCAUUUCAACUUAAGUGACCCCUUCUUUAAAAUUAUAUUACUUUUCCAAGACAAUGCUGCCAUCAAAACGCUGCUGCUACUACGAAAGACCCCCGAUAAGAAAAACAACUGGAUCACUGCGCCUGCCGUCGUAAACGCGUUCUACAGCCCUGGGACGAAUGAAAUGGUUUUCCCGGCUGGAAUACUUCGAGACUCCUUUUACCAGCAUGGACUACCGGAAUCGGUUAACUACGGGGCGAUUGGCACCAUCAUCGGGCACGAAAUGAUUCAUGGCUUCGACGACUUAGGUAAACAGUUCGAUGAGGAUGGACGGUUGAGAAACUGGUGGAGCAAUUCGACGCAAAAGAAGUUCGACGUGAAGUCAGAAUGUUUUAUUCGCCAAUACGGCUCCGUGUUCAGCGAAUUGGCCAACAGAACGUUGGAUGGUGUGAACACAUUGGGCGAGAACAUGGCGGACAACGGGGGACUUAGAAUGGCUUUUAGGACACUUGACCAACAGUUGAAGGCCUUCACGAUGCCGGACGUACGCCUUCCAGGACUAGAACGAUUCUCCUCCAAGCAGCUGUUUUUCAUCUCAGCUGCUUUUGUGUGGUGCGGCAGCUCACGUGCGGACGCACUGCGUUCACAAAUAGAAUACGACUCCCACAGCCCGCGCCGGCAAAGGAUAAACGUCUCCCUAAGGAAUAUGAGAUCAUUUACCUCGGUAUUUCACUGCGAAGAAAGGGGGAAGAUGCACUUCAAGCCAAAAAGCAACGAGACUUGCGUGCUGUGGUGACUUUGCUAUAAUAAACUUAUGAAGUU